UUAUAAAUGAAAAUAUUUGAAUAAAACAAAGGAAUCUGUUGUAUAUUUAACUAAAAGUGAGCGAUAAUGUCGAGGGAAGCCUUUCCAGUGCUAUACUUCAAUCUCGGAGGAGAAAUGAUUUAUAUCGUAGAGCAGAGACUGACCGCUCAGAGUAUAGACACUUCCAAAGCUGAUAAGGUGAUUAUCGAUAUCUUCAAUGCCAUGUUUAAUCCGGGUUUGAUUAGCGAAGUAUUCAAAAAGCAACAGCUCUUAAGCGUAUAUGCGAUGAGACAAAUGUUUGAGAAGUUGGCUCAUUCUUCCAUUAUGAAACUCAAUGACCAGUCUAUGAACAAGUUAUUUGAUUUGAUGGUAAUGGUCACCAAAUACCAGAUAGUAUUCUGCAAUACACCACUCGAUUUAAUUCAUAUAACUCUAAACCAUUUGGAAUCCAUGUCCCGAAUGGCAAGACUUGACAAUACUCUCAAACUCAUUGAGAGUUCCAAAGAAAAGUUUAUAAACUAUUAUUUAGACAUGAAUUGGACUAAACUUCAACACAUUCGCCACACAAUUCUCACAUUCUUACAGGACAUCCAGACAAGGGUUUCCAUAUUUCUUAGAGAUGGCACACAAGAAAAUGACGGAAAGUUUGUUAUUAAGCCCGAAGGAGUUGUGUCGUGUGAUUGUCAGAUGCCGGGUGUUAUCAAAUACUUCAACCAAAACAAUGAAGUCAUAGAAGUGGACAAUUUUGACCCUUUAGGUCAAUAUGUGGUCUCCACUGAUAAGACAUUUUUAGGACUUAAUAUAUACACUAAAGAAUAUUCUCAGAAUACUAAAGACUUGUCUGAAAAGCAGUCUAAAAGUAUGGACCAAAAUGACGAUCAAAUGUCUCAUUUACGCGAAACUAAUGAUUCAGCAAAACAUGAAUUGGAUUUAUUGGCAAAACUUAUUGGCAGAGAAAAGCCAAAUGAAACAGAAAUUGAGUUUUGGCUAAAUCUGGGACACGAAGAGCCCACACAUGAGAAGACACGCGAGAAUACAAUCUCUCAUUUGAAUGAACUGAAUAUUAGUGAAGGAAUACAUAAGACUAAGAACUUAGAGAGUAUUAUCAAUGAUCUGGAUAUCAAUUCACAAUCAGAUGAAACUGUUGUCGGACUCAGACAUCAAGUGACAAUAACUGGUGACAUACCAUAA